GUUGACAUUGACACAUAAACAUACGGAUUUCCUAACCAAAUACAUAAAAGAAAAUAAUAUCAAUUUUUCUAUAAAUCAACAUGACUGCACCGCCGGGAGCGUUGGUAAACAGAAAUAAGAAACAUUUUCUAGGAGUUCCAGCGCCUUUGGGUUAUGUAGCAGGAGUAGGUAGAGGAGCCACUGGCUUUACUACCCGUUCUGAUAUUGGUCCUGCGAGAGAUGCUAAUGAUGUAUCGGAUGAUCGCCAUGCCCCGCCAGCUGCAAAGAGGGUGAAAAAGAAAGACGAAGAGGAAGAAAAGGAGGAAGAGGAAGAUUUGAAUGACUCAAAUUAUGAUGAGUUUAGUGGUUAUGGAGGCUCCUUAUUUUCCAAGGAUCCAUAUGACAAAGAUGAUGCUGAGGCAGAUGCUAUAUAUGAAGCUAUUGACAAGAGAAUGGAUGAAAAAAGAAAAGAAUAUAGGGAAAAACGUCUCAGAGAAGAAUUGGAAAAAUAUCGACAGGAGCGUCCAAAAAUCCAGCAACAGUUCUCUGAUUUGAAGAGAGAUUUGGCACAGGUUACAGAAGAUGAAUGGAAGUCUGUACCAGAAGUUGGUGACGCAAGAAAUAAAAAACAAAGAAAUCCAAGAGCUGAGAAAUUUACUCCAUUACCUGACAGUGUUUUAUCUAGAAAUUUAGGAGGAGAGCAAAGUACAACUUUAGAUCCCAGUUCCGGCCUUGCUAGCAUGGUGCCAGGAGAUGCUACACCUGGAAUGCUGACUCCUACUGGAGAUAUGGAUCUGAGAAAGAUUGGUCAAGCUAGAAAUACCUUGAUGAAUGUGAAGCUAUCACAGGUAUCUGAUUCAGUAACAGGACAAACAGUAGUAGACCCCAAAGGAUACCUGACCGAUCUUCAGUCCAUGAUUCCCACAUAUGGUGGGGACAUAAAUGAUAUCAAAAAAGCAAGACUGCUGCUGAAGUCCGUUCGUGAGACGAAUCCAAAUCAUCCACCCGCCUGGAUAGCUAGUGCUAGGCUGGAAGAAGUGACUGGAAAAGUGCAGGCGGCCAGGAAUUUGAUCAUGAAGGGCUGUGAAGUGAAUCACCAGAGCGAGGAUCUGUGGUUGGAAGCUGCCAGGUUGAAUCCACCUGAGACUGCUAAGGCUAUAAUUGCACAGGCUGCUAGGCAUAUUCCCACAUCUGUGCGUAUUUGGAUCAAAGCGGCUGAUCUAGAAACCGAAAUUAAAGCAAAACGACGGGUUUUCCGCAAAGCACUGGAACACAUUCCUAACUCCGUACGUCUAUGGAAAGCCGCCGUGGAACUAGAAAACCCUGAUGAUGCCAGAAUUCUGCUAUCCAGAGCAGUAGAAUGUUGCCCACAAGCAGUGGAACUGUGGUUAGCAUUGGCCAAGCUGGAAACUUACGAGAAUGCUAGGAAGGUAUUGAACAAAGCUAGAGAAAACGUACCUACCGACAAAUCUAUCUGGACCACUGCUGCUAAGUUAGAAGAAGCUAAUGGUAACCAUCACAUGGUGGAGAAAAUAAUAGAAAGGGCCAUAACGUCACUGAGUUCGAAUGGUGUGGAGAUAAACAGAGAACAUUGGUUUAAAGAAGCUAUUGAAAGUGAAAAAGGCGGACAUGUGCAUUGUUGCCGAGCAAUUGUGAAGGCUAUUAUCAGUUAUGGAGUAGAACCAGAGGAUCAGAAACACACAUGGAUGGAAGAUGCAGAAAAUUGUGCGAAUCAGGGUGCAUACGAAUGUGCUAGAACUGUCUACAACAUUGCCUUGACUGCCUUUCCAGGAAAGAAAUCGAUUUGGUUGCGAGCUGCAUAUCUUGAGAAAAAUCAUGGUUCCAGAGAGAGUUUGGAGACGUUGUUGCAGAGAGCUGUUGCUCAUUGCCCUAAAAGUGAGGUCUUGUGGCUGAUGGGAGCAAAAAGCAAAUGGCUUGCUGGUGACGUACCUGCAGCAAGAGGUAUUCUGUCUCUUGCUUUUCAAGCAAACCCGAACAGUGAAGAAAUCUGGUUGGCAGCCGUAAAACUGGAGUCAGAAAACAAGGAAUAUGAAAGAGCCAGGAGACUCCUUGCAAAAGCUAGAGGAUCGGCUCCGACUCCACGGGUGAUGAUGAAGAGUGCUAAGUUGGAAUGGUCCCUGAACGACUUAGACCAGGCUCUACACUUACUCGACGAAGCCCUUAAAGUGUUUCCAGAUUUUGCAAAACUUUGGAUGAUGAUAGGACAAAUCUAUGAACAGAAAAGUGAAAUGUCAAGAGCCUUCGACGCCUACAAUGCAGGGAUAAAGAAAUGUCCGAAUUCCAUACCUCUCUGGAUACUACUUUCGAGGCUCGAGGAGAAGCGAGGGCUGCUUAUCAAAGCCCGAUCUGUUUUAGAAAAGGCAAGAUUGAAGAAUCCCAAAAAUGACCAACUAUGGCUAGAAGCGAUCAGAGUUGAAAUAAGGGCAGGCAUGAAAGAUAUCGCGAAUGCAAUGAUGGCAAAAGCGUUACAAGAAUGCCCUAAUUCUGGAAUUCUAUGGGCUGAGAGCAUUUUCAUGGAACCAAGACCUCAAAGAAAGACAAAAUCGGUGGACGCCUUGAAGAAGUGUGAACACGACCCGCACGUGCUGCUAGCAGUGAGUAAAUUGUUCUGGUCAGAAAGGAAGAUAUCCAAGUGCAGGGAGUGGUUUCAGCGCACGUUGAAGAUAGAACCGGAUCUGGGAGAUGCCUGGGCGCAUUGGUACCGAUUCGAGCAAUUGCAUGGCACCAAAGAACAGCAAGAAGAAGUGAAACAGAGGUGUUUGUCGUCUGAGCCUCAUCAUGGGGAGCUGUGGUGUUCAAUAUCAAAGGAUAUUAAGAACGUGGGAAUGACUACAGAGCAAGUUUUGAAGCUUGUGGCUAAGGAAGUACCCAUUCCUGUUUAAAUGUUUAAGUUGUACACAUGUAGAUUUUAGGUUGAAUAAAUUUAAUUUAUGAUA